UCCAACCAACUAGAUUGCAUACAAAAAUCUAGGUAGGUAGGCAUGUCCUAGUGUAAAUGUAUAUUCUCUGUUCACAGAAGUGAUAGUGGUAAAACAAAAUAUGUCGUCAGUAACUUCGAGUAGUACUGCGUCGCUAUCUGAAUUCUUCAGACCAAUCACGCCGAAAGGUCUACGAUCAAGAGACUUAAGCAACACUCGCUUGAACCUUUUGAAGAAAGAAAUUAAAACUGAUUUGCAUUUGAUACCGUUACAAGAGCUAUAUGAGACACUGCAAACUGAUCCUGUAAAUGGAUUGACCAAAGAGAGGGCAGAAGUUUUGCUUGCUUUCCAUGGUCCAAACACGCUCACACCUGCUACAGAACAUGGAUGGCUUAGAGUUUUAAUAAAAUCACUUUGCACAGGAUUUUCCAUACUGAUAUGGUUGGGAGCUCUAUUGUGUUUCGUAGCGUACAUAAUAGAAUCGUCAACGAAAGCAGACCCUAAUCGUGAUAACCUUUAUCUAAGCUGCGUGCUAGUUACAGUCGACAUCGUAUGUGGGCUCUUCAGUUUCUAUCACAAUUAUAAAAGUUCCAAGAUAAUGAAAACAUUUAAAAGCAUGUUACCAACUUACGCGAACUGCGUGAGGGAUGGUGUUCUACACAACGAGAUUCCAGUUUGUGAUAUCGUUAAGGGAGAUAUAGUGCAUGUGCAGGCGGGCGAUAUCGUGCCGGCUGACAUACGCAUCAUCGAAAGCAAGGGAUUCAAAGUUGAUAACUCCUCGUUAACUGGCGAGUCCGUGGCUGUAUCUCGAAGUAAUACUGAAGGAAGUCCGAACAUACUUGAGUCACAGAACGUUGCUUUCUUUUCGACCCAAUGUGUUGAGGGGUGGGCGUUAGGUGUUGUAAUAUGCUGUGGUGACCUGACAGCAUUGGGUCGUGUAGCCGGGUUAGCAGCGAGGCUGACUCCGGCUCCCUCUCCUCUCGCUCGUGAGAUACGCCGCUUCAUGAGAUACAUGUCUAUAUGGGCCUUAGGACUUGGCUUGUUGAUUGCUAUAUCAACCAUGUUUCUUGGCUAUCCUUUCAUGCAAACUAUUAUAUUUGUUAUUGGAAUUAUUGUUGCUAAUAUUCCUGAAGGCUUGCAGCCAACAAUAACAGCGUCACUGACUAUAACAGCUCAGCGCAUGGUAAAAAAGAACUGCUUGAUUAAGAACUUGGACGCUGUAGAGGCUUUAGGUGCUUGCACGGUUAUAUGUUCCGACAAGACUGGUACUCUGACUGAGAAUAAGAUGGUCGUGCAUCACAUCUGGACAUGGAACAAAGUACAUUUCGUAUUGGGUCCAGAUUUUAAUAGCGCGGUGCAAAAUAAUAAUGCUUACAGUUAUUUAAAGAUUUGUGGAGCGUUAUGCAGUAACGCGGACGUCAAGAUUGGCGGUGGAAUCCGUGGAGACGCGUCUGAAAUCGCCAUUCUAAACUUUCUUUUCCAACAAAACGACCCUCUUAAUAUAAGAAAGAACUAUCCAAAAAUCGCUGAAAUACCAUUUAAUUCAGCAAAUAAAUAUCAGAUCAGUGUUCAUCUUGAAGCUUCAAAAGCACGAUUUAUUGUGGUGAUGAAAGGAGCACCGGAGAUUAUAUUCGCGCGAUGUCUCACUGUGGCCACCGACACCAAAGAUAUUAUUUUCACAGACGAUAUGAAACGAAUAGCUGACACGGUCAUUGAAAAUUUGGCAAAAACUGGUGAAAGAAUCAUGGCUUUUGCUGACCUCGUCUUAAAUCCAAAACAAUUUCCUCUGAACUAUUCGUUUAACACCGAUGAUGUUAACUUCCCUCUGGAGAACCUACGCCUUCUAGGGAUCAUGGGACUCAUGGACCCACCUCGGGAAGAGGUGCGUACUGCAAUAGGCCGUGCCCGCGAUGCUGGAAUACGUGUGAUGAUGAUUACCGGCGACCACCCGGCCACAGCACGCGCCGUAGCUUUAGAAGUCGGGAUUGCUACGAGUACAAAUUGCCAUGUUGUUACCGGUAACGAACUGAGAAACAUGACCCCAGAUUUAUUACACUGGACACUCGACAAACAUUACGAAAUUGUGUUUGCAAGAACUUCUCCCACACAAAAACUUCAAAUAGUGGAGGCUUGUCAACGUGAAGGCGCAAUCGUGGCAGUAACUGGAGAUGGUGUUAACGAUGCGCCCGCGCUUAGACGAGCUGACAUCGGCAUCUCCAUGGGCAUUACCGGGUCACAGGUGUCGAAACAAACUGCCGACAUCAUUUUGAUGGAUGAUAAUUUCGCGACCAUCAUUGUUGGUAUCGAAGAAGGGAGGAGGAUCUUUGACAAUCUUAAAAAAUCUGUUUGCUAUAUCUUAAUUUCUAAUGUGCCUGAAAUAGCUCCAGUUUUCAUGUUUAUCCUGUUUUCCAUCCCUUUGCCAUUGGGCGUGAUGACAAUAUUGUGCGUAGACUUGGGCACAGACAUGUGGCCGGCUGUGGCGCUGUCGUAUGAACGUGCUGAAUCUGACGUCAUGACGCGACCUGCUCACGUCCAUGACCCUCUCGUCACGCCGCAAAUGUUAAUAUUAGUGUACUUGCACUUGGGUCUCAUAGAGUUUGCAGCCGGCAUGUACGCUUAUUUUAUUGUAAUGGCAGAAUUCGGAUUCUACCCUAAUCAUCUUUUUGGUAUAAGGCAAAAGUGGGAUAAUGAAGCGAUCAGCGACGUAACGGAUUCCUUGGGUCAAGAGUGGACGUACGCAGAACGUAAGGAGGUGGAGCAAGCGGCCCAGGCGGCCUACUUCGUAGCCGUGGUACUCAUGCAGAUGAUGAAUGGCGUCAUCUGCAAGACCAGAUAUAACUCUUUGUUUCAUGUCGGAAUGAAGAACAAAAUUUUAAAUACUGGACUUGUGUUUGAGCUUUUAUUGUCGUGUGUUAUCUGCUACACUCCGGGAGUAAAUACUUUCUUCCGAACCUAUCCUCUCAAACUACGAUGGUGGUUCCUUGCUUUGCCAUUCUGUGCCUUCAUGUUUGCUUUCGACGAAUUUAGAAAAUAUUGCAUUAGACGGAGAUUAUUUGGGGGAUGGUACAACACUUUAACGUUUUAUUAAGAAGACAAUUAAUUAUUUAUAAGUACGUACCUACUAUAUUUAGAAUUAUGUUUGUCAUUAAACAUAUACCUAACGAUA